CAUCGAUGUUCUAUGCGUGGACCAGACAGAAAUAGACCUUACUACGAAGCCUAUAAGCUACAAGCCUCCUCGUAUUCGGUUCAUCGCUGCGUCCAUAAUAUUAUAUUCUUCACUCUCCAGCCAUGUCGGUGCAGUAUAACCAGAUUGGUGCUAACUAUAAUCGCAUCAAGAAGCGAUCCGGCGAUAUGGCCCAAACCGCAACGAUCCUAGCAUACCUUGGCAACAUCGAGGGCCAGGAAGUACUCGACCUAGGCUGCGGUACAGGUUACUUUUCACAGAAAGCAGUCGAUCAGGGAGCGCGACGAGUGGUAGGGCUAGACAUCUCACCCGUUAUGGUCCAAGUCGCGCAGCGUGAGCAUGAAGGUGACAGCCGCUUUGAGUUUCGUGUUACAGAUUGCAGCAAGCCCUUGGAGGUCGGAAAGUUUGACCUUGUCCUUGCCAUGUGGUUUCUCAACUAUGCUCCUACUGCCGAGGAUCAAUUGAAAAUGUGGCAGAAUAUCAUGUGCAACUUGAAGCCCGGUGGUAGAUGCAUCGGAAUUGUGCCUAAUUUCGACUGGCUUGACAGUCUGUCUACUGAUGAUGGAGAACGUUCUUCUGGUGAUAUGCAAUUCCUCGAGCAUGUUCCAGACGGUGUGAAAUACCGGUUUUUUUCAGAUCAGGAUUCGACUGUCUCGUUUGAUGCCUACCUGCUUCGGCGGGAAGUGUACAACUCUUGUGCUUAUGAAGCGGGAUUCAUUGAUAUGCAAUGGUUAAAUCUGGGCGGUACACCGAGUAUUGACAAUUUGAUCACUUCAACACAUUAAUUCAUUAUACGGGAACACAGAUUAUGUGCACUUUGCGAAAAGGUCUCAUCUUUUAAAUAAAUACUGUUACCGUACAAUGAUAUCUGUUCUCAUUCUCUACUACAUAAAUUCUAUCACCCAAUCAUUUUCCAAAUGCUUAUUAACCACUUUAAAGCAUUUAAAUGCAUUCAUUCACUAAUAAAAUAUAGUAAUAUGAGAUGGGAAUACAUCCAUUUUUAUGGUCAAGCGCAAGAACACCACUCUUCAAUGUUAAGCACAUUUCACGGACCCGUACCAGGUCAUCAAUGAUAUUGCCAUCUGCCAGGUGAAUCCUGCGUGCAGCUGUGGCAUGAAUCUGAAGGGACGGUUUGCCUGUCACGGGGUUUUUCCAUGUCAUAGGGAGGACAAGUAUUUUGGUGCGGUCAAAGGGCGGUAAUUCGGAGUCAGGCAACUCGCGGUCUAGCUAUACUCAGAUGGCGUAUGUUCACGGCCAAAGUCACCGGGGAUUGGGGCAUAUGAAAGGGAUCGUUCCCAAGUACCAGCUUGUGAGACAAUAUAGUUGUUGAGGGGGUCGGAUCUUGUCUCCUCAAGGCAAAACAUGCCACCAAGGAGC